GACCCGCCCCUCGAGCCAUCGCAUCGGUCUCUGCGGCUGACGUCACGCGGACGCCGGCUGGCGGUUGCUGUAUUUGAAGCGGCCGCCGGCGACAUGUCCCUGCCAGUGAGGAAGGCCUGGGCAUCUCACAUGACCAAUUCCCCCACAUUGAUUGUAAUGGUGGGAUUGCCUGCUCGUGGGAAGACUUAUGUUUCUAAGAAACUCACUCGCUAUCUCAAUUGGAUCGGUGUCCCCACCAAAGUUUUUAAUCUGGGCGAGUACCGCCGUGAAGCUGUGAAAUCAUACAAGUCAUUUGAAUUUUUCCGUCAUGAUAAUGAAGAAGCUAUGAAAAUCAGGAAACAGUGUGCCUUAGAUGCCUUGAAGGAUGUGAAAACCUACCUUACAGAUGAAAAGGGACAGAUUGCAGUCUUUGAUGCAACUAACACAACUAGAGAAAGAAGAGAUUUAAUCCUGAGUUUUGUACGAGAUAAUGCAUUUAAGGUGUUCUUUGUUGAAUCUGUCUGUGAUGACCCAGAAGUUAUUGCUGCAAAUAUCAAGGAGGUGAAGGUAUCAAGCCCAGAUUAUGCAGAAUGUGAUCAAGACCGUAUUAUGGAUGAUUUCCUCAAACGAAUUAAAUGUUACGAAAUCACCUAUGAGCCACUGGAUCCUGAUAAUUACGACAAGGAUUUAUCCUUCAUUAAAGUAAUUAAUGUUGGUCGACGAUUUCUAGUGAACAGAGUCCAGGAUUAUAUUCAAAGUAAGAUAGUUUAUUACUUGAUGAACAUUCAUGUCUAUCCACGUACAAUCUACCUGAGUCGGCAUGGAGAGAGUGAAUACAACAGUGCUGGGAGGCUUGGCGGUGAUGCAGGGUUAUCACGCCGAGGAAAACAGUAUGCUGAAGCAUUACAUAAAUUUGUUGAAGAACAGAAAAUUCCUGACCUGAAAGUUUGGACUAGUCAGCUGAAGCGAACAAUUCAAACAGCAGAAGCCUUGGGAGUUCCUUAUGAACAAUGGAAAAUUCUCAAUGAGCUUGAUGCUGGUGUUUGUGAAGAAUUGACUUACAGUGAAAUUCAGGACCGAUAUCCAGAAGAAUUUGCUCUGCGAGACCAGGACAAAUACCAUUACCGUUACCCAGGUGGAGAGUCCUACCAGGAUUUGGUCCAGCGGGUGGAGCCUGUCAUCAUGGAGCUAGAGAGACAGGGAAAUGUCCUUGUUAUUGCACACCAGGCUGUCAUGCGGUGCCUCAUCGCUUACUUUAUGGAUAAGGGAGCAGAUGAGUUGCCAUACCUGAAGUGCCCUCUACAUACUGUGUUAAAACUAACACCUGUUGCCUAUGGAUGUAAAAUGGAAUCAGUUUACUUAAAUGUAGAGGCAGUAAACACACACCGUGAACGGCCACUGAAUGUUUCAUUAAAUCGCACCCGGGAGGAGGCAUUGAGUACUGUGCCACAUCAGAAGUAAUUGGAAAUUUUUCAAUGAGUAUCUCAACUAGUUAUUAAAUUGGUAUUCAUUUGGACCCACCGGAAUUAAUUUACCAAGAAUGUAACAAACAUCAAUCUUCGUAUCUUUUGGAACCAUGGGGUUAUAAUAUAAUCUGAGAUCUGUUUUUAUAUAAUUUUCUUGAUUUUUGCAGACAGACAAUCUAAAUCACAAAUCUUAAAUCUUGUCAAAUAACAAGUUAAUUCUAUUUCUGUUAAUAGCCAGAAACUAGCUGGCUAAAAGAGGUAAUUAUGAUUGAACCUAUCUUUAAUCUUGGAAUUCUGAUAGACAUUGCCCAAUGAACAGAUGAAAUAUGGAAAAUAUUUUCACAAUUGGAUUGCUUAAUUGUGUCAUGUGAAUUAUGAAGUCAGUCUAAAAGUGAAGAUAUUCUUGUACUUCAUGCAUACCUUACAGAAUCAUGUUUGUCACAAAUAUUCCAUUUUAAUUUUUUGUUCAUCUGUAUUAGUCAUUGUGACAGUAAAUAUGUCAAAUUUAAUAUAUUUUAAUCUUUAUUUAUUUCCCUGUAAAUUUUUAAAACUUUUUGGUGAAACUAAUAAUGUUUCAUUCCUCCAGAGUACAAUAUUAUGUGUUAAAUGAAUUUGAUUCAAAUUCUUGUUUUUUAAAGUCUUGUCAAGGUCACUUGAAAAUCAGGCUGUCUUCUCAAAAGCUUUUGUUUUACUGGUAGUGUAAAUAGUAGCUAAACCAAAUAAAAACCUCAAAAAAUAAAAUCGAUUUGUUGUACAUCAUGCUGGAUAGCAUACACUGCCAGACACUCCUCAUUUUAAAUUAAAAUGACACUUCAACACUAAUUUGGAAUAUUUUUACCAAGGUCAAACUUGGUUAUUUUGAAGCAGAUGUUUCUUCUCAACUGCUGUAUAACAGGCCCUAAUCCUGUUUUGUUAUUUAUAGCAUUUUAUGUUUGUUAUGAGAACAAUCAUUUUUUUAAAUAAAACGAGGUGGGUAUUUUUGUAGGGUGGUAGACAAGUGAUUUUUUUUGUUAGUACAAUUUUUCUGAAUUGUUUUGCUUCAUUUCUCUUGCAUUUAUAUUCCAAAUGUGUUUUUUUGAUAGCUACUAUGAUAAUGUUUAAUAGAACUGGAAAACUAUCUAGCAACGCAGAGUUGCAACAAGGAAGCCACAACUAACAAGAUGGAGGCCUCAGUAUUUUGUAUCGAUAACUGAGUUUCAGCAAAAUGACUUGUGGACUGCAUUACCACAAUUUCAGUUGUGCUCAAGCUUUUAACCACUUAAUUAAUAGGACUUCAGAUAUUUUAUGUGGCCAGAUUAUUAAUUGGAAAUCAGUAAUUUCUCAAUACUGCACUGUCAAAAAUUUCAAGAUUAACAAAAUGCUAAUCAGGUAUUCAUCUUGUUAAGUUUCUUUCCAGUCACAAGUGGAUUUUCAAACCUUAUUUGUACUACAGUAAAAUGUGUAAAUUUAAUUUUAACAUGUCAAAUGUUAUUGUGGCGUUCAAUUGCAAGUGUCCUUAUUUUCAAAAUGACUAUUUCCUGUACUAUAAACAUUCUCCAAUGAAAUCUAGAACUCUUUGCUUAGCAUUCAUUGCCACAGGGAAACUUUUGUAUAACUGAGAUUAAAGCAUGCAUGCAUUUAAUCCCUAAGAAGAGUUUCUCUGUGCUAUGCAUGCUGUGUAAAUAGUUCCCAAGUCAACAAAAGCCAUUUAUUCACAAAAGCUGUAGCACCUGUCACUAAAUGAGGUGAAUUGAUCCCAAGAAUUUGUGGGCUGAAAAGUAGUGAGCCUCAAAAUAAACCAUUGGUGAUUCUGACUUUGUUAAUUUAUCGAAUACAGAAGCUUUGUAACAGGCUAAGUCCUAUUUAUAAAAGUGUUUCAUAUAUUGAACACAACCUAAACAUUUUACUUUAGAAUGUCUGGUUCCAGAAUGUCUCUUGAAUAUGUCAUCAUUUAAUUAUUUGAAUUUCCUAAUUGUCUGUUUGUUUAUGCAGGCAUUCUGUUUUUGGAAGAGUCCAUUUACAUAGAGUUCACUGUAACUUGCUAUAACUGCAUACAGUGGCAUUGUUGAUCGAUGUUAAUCUGCCUUGGGUCAUCUUAUCUGCUAUCAGUUCAACAGUUUGUAAAGUAAUGUUAUAAAUAUGACUGUGCCUCCCACAAAGUAAACGUUUCUCUGUCUUUUGUUCUGGUACACUUUUUAAAGUGGAAAUAUGUAUUGCUGUUGUGAAAAGGGCCUGCAAGUUGAACCCACUGAAGGAAGAAAGGACACAGAUUGGCUGUCAAUUACUAGUCAACAAAUUCUUUGUCCCCAAAGCCAAGUGAAAAUAAGUCGAUGCCUCUGGAUACUGCAGCAUUUAUGAGAGCUUUUUGAUGCUACCAUCCAGCUAUGUAACUACUGGUAUCGAAAGCAAAUUGAGUUUCCAGAAGUCUUGAGUCUGUUGCUUAUAGACCUAUUUACUGUGAGAAGAUAAUGGUCUAAACGCACAAUUAGAUGUAUCUAAAUGCACACUGCACAAGUUCCCAGAAUAAUGUAAACUAUGAUAAAUGUUGUAAAUUUAAUAUAAGGACAUAUUUUUAAAUGUAGCUGACAAAUCCAUCUUUGUAGUUUGAAGUGUAUAAGAUUAUUUUGAAUUGUUGAGUAUGUUCAAUGGUAGUUUCAUUGUCCAAAAGGUUUGUUUAAUUUAAUGAAAAGCUCAUCCAAAAGAAAUGCUAUACCACCAUUUUUGCACAAAGCAGUAGAAAAAAAUUUUUUGUCCAUUUUUAAUCUUAAAUAUUUUAUCUUUAUUCAGGUUGCACGUUUGCUCGCUGAGCUGAUAGGUUUGUUCUCAGACAUUUCGCACCAUGCUAGGUAACAUCAGUGAGCCUCCGUUGAAGCGCUGGUGUUCUGUUCCAUUUUCGAUGUAGCUGUCUUGAUCUGUUGUGGUGGGUGAUAUCAUUUCCAGUUCUAUGAGGUUGGUAAAUGGGGUCCAAAUCAAUGUGUUUAUUGACAGAUAUCCGGUUU